UUUCAGCAAGUUUGUAUAUAUAGAUAUAGCUGGACCACCAACAUGCAUCAGUGUGCAUUCAGCCAGCAAACUUGUCACGUGCAAUCCGUUUUUCCAAUUCACAAUCUGCACGACAAUGAAACUGUUCAUUACUCUGUCUGCUUUGCUGGCCGUGGUGGUUGCCGGUGGUGAUUACUAUGCAGCACAUUCCGAUCACAAGCACAUCCCGAUCGUGCACAGCGAACAUGCUCAGGGCAACGACGCGUUCAAGUAUUCAUACCAAUCGGGUAAUGGAAUCACCGUUCAGGAGGCAGGACACGUCAAGAACUUUGGCAGCAAGGGUCACGAAGCCAACGUUGCUCAUGGGUCGUACUCUUACGUUGAUCCCCAUGGUGAAACCGUUUCUGUGAGCUACGUUGCCGACGAGAAUGGAUUCCAUGCCGAAGGAUCGCACAUCCCAAAGGCACCACCACUACCAAAGGAACUGGUUGAGGCCUACGCCAAGGUGGGCAGUCAUCCAGAGGCCCACCACGAGGAGCCAGCAAGCUACAAGGGUUACUAGGUAGAUCCGGCAUCGCUGCAACAUCCAGCAGGGUGAAUUCUCUCGUUACGAGUGAAAUCCAAAAUGUGAUAGUCUAUCCGAAUGUCAGCCGGAUAGUGCCUAGUGUAAUAGUUAUAGUAAUUAUAUAUGGAAAACAAAAACAGAAGAUGCAAAUAAAAUAAUUAUAUGACACAGAUCAAAAACAAAAUUUAAAGCAUUAG